AUGGCGUGGCUGGUCCUCCAUCGAACAGACAUGAUGUCAGCACCUGACGUGUCCGAUCCAGAAAUUCCUUUGCUACAGCUCUUGGAAGGAUGUAAAUUGCUGAAUCCUUCUCGACAAUGGCCUGACAGGGCGAGGCAGUUUAAGAAUGCCAAGUGCUGGGAAUUUUAUAAGUAUUUCCCUCGGUUUUCUGGUGCAUAUAAUGACACACUCAUUGAUGAAGAGAUGCCUGGGACCAACAGGACCUCCCUCAACAUGGGUAGUUUCCACUGGCUUAUGAACAUCCGACCAGCUCAAUUUAGCUUGCCUGUCGCUGAGCCUGAUCUCCACAUGACAUUUGUUUAUUGCCGGUGGAUUUUAGCCGCUAACACUCCUGUUACGAAGAAGAAGAUUUUCGAACUGGAAUCCGAGGCUGUGGUUCGGAGAAUUGUAUCUAAAAAGGGAAAGGAGCCCGCUACGUCUUCCUGCAAAGGAAAACAAGCAAUUGAUUCCGAAGAGAGUGAUGACUUCGAAACAUCCAGUGAGGAGGAUGAAACUAGAGAUGAAGCAGAGGCUGAUGUCCCUCUUUCUCCCGUGGCUCACAGGACUCAUCGAGCUUCUUCACCCCGAUCACCCGGUGCUCCUUCUAAGGAUAUCCGAAUGAGAGAGAAGAAUAUUCCUUUAUCGUCUUCUAACAAGAUGACCGUCAGAUGGCCCGCUUUUGAAGAAGAAGAAGAAGAAGAGGAAGAUGUCACCCCACUUGUUGGCAGAAAGAGGUCCCGACCUCUUGCUUCUUCCGAGGCUCAAUCCUGCCCUGUUCAAGGGUCUGAAUUGCGCACCAAAUUUCGGCAUGAAAGCUCUGAAGUUCCUCGAGAUUCUCGUGUUUCGAAGAGGAUUAAGAAGAUGGCUCAUCGACAACGUCAACUUCCCCUGUUGCUUGAAGAGGAGUUUACUCAGGAUCUUCCGGUUGAUCAAGGGGCUGAACCAGAAGAGGAAGGAGAAAUCAUGCCCGAACCUUCUUCUCCGGGUUUAAUGGAUGUUGACGAAUCCAGCUUCACUCAGCAAGUACACAGAGCGAUGAGUGAAGAACCCCUCAACGUGGACACUGCCCCUCCUCCGGUUACUACAUCGACCUCGCCAACCGCCGACACAGUUAAACUAAAGGAGGUGAGUGCGGGUAGUAGUGCUGCUGAUCCCGCCACCGUCAUUGAAGACAUUCUUGCUAACGAGCCGAGAGAUCAAGAACUUACCCAUGAUAUGGGUAUCGGAGAUUUCAACGAACAUGAUUUCAAUCUUGAUAUUUCUGAAGAUGAACACCAGAAAAUCUCCGAUAUACUGUCAGCUCCGGCUCCGACCGCUACUGCAGGACCAACAACUAGAGUUGAUUCAGCUGAAGUAGGCACAUCAGAAGGACCAAUGAAUGAAGUUGAUGCGUCUACUGUCAUUGGCGAAUGUGAUCAACCUGAAGGUUUGGGUUUCCUGCUCUUGACAGGUCCUCCAGCUAAAGUUGAACCAUUAAUUACUAUUCCUCUGACCUCUGAUAUUGUCGAAGCUGAACCUGUUGUAACUUCCGAUCCGACUCCAAUGGUUCAUGAAGUUGGAGGGUCGAAGACUACCGUGGAAGAGCAACCUCCUGCCACUCCGGCUCAACUUGAACUUGUUCCUCAAGAAUUUGUCGAUCUGGAUCCGAAGCCAUCGGGGGCUUCAGGUGAACAAUCGUCUGGUGUAGUGAAUCAACCGACAAGCGUUAUUCCUGAACAAAUCCCUGUUGUUAUAGAGACCAUUACAACCUCAACAAGCCAAGCUCUUUCUUCAUCAUUGUCCGAGCGUAUUCAAGCUUUAUUGGCAGAUGAAGAUCCGGACAAAGCUGUCAUUUAUGCUGACGUCCAAAGUUUCGUCCUUUUCUUAAACAUCAUGGUUGAUCGAAUUCUCCUUAAAGGUUCACUUUUCGAACAUUUUAGGAAAUCUCUCGAUCGCCAUGUAUCAGGAAUUCGAGAACACGGAUGCACUGAAUUAUCUGACUCGAUCGAAGCUUAUUUAUCUAACCUUAAACAAAACGUCGAACAUCUGCAGAAUCUUCGUGUUAGUGGUGCGCCUUCUUAUAUUGCUCCUCGAAUGGACUUGAGGUUGCAGGCAUGGCGUGAUUCUCAGAAAUCUGCUGAGUCCGAACUUCAAAGGCUGCAAACCCGCAUUGAUCAACUUAAGGAGAGCGUUGCUAAGAAAGCACAGAUCAAGGUUGACCUGUAUCGUGAUUUAGAGUCGAGUCAAGUGGAGAUAGCUCGGUUACAGGAGCAACUUGUGAAAGCUAGGGACACUCAUGAAAUUUUGAAAUCCGAUCUGGCGGAGGUAACCCGAGCCGAGGUGGAUCUGCUUCGACAGUUGAAUCUUCAAGGCAAGAUUUUUGCUGAUAAAAUGCAAGAGGUCGCCAACAUUCGAAGCAUGGAUGAAGAAAAUUUUAAAGCCAACUUGAUACCCGAGCUCGAACUAGCUUAUGUAACAGAGCUCUCCCAAUUAGAGGACCAAAUUCGUCAUUACAAACUAUUGUAA